GACAAUUCCCUUGCCCUUAAACAUCCUAUCUUCACCGAAAUAAGGAGAAAUGGGGGGCAAGUCAGCUACCAAGGCCGCUUACUUCGAGAAGCUUAAGAACCUGCUCGAUGAAUACAAGACUGUGUUCAUCGUCGGUGUCGACAAUGUCAGCUCUCAGCAGAUGCACGAGAUUCGUGUGAGUCUCCGUGGUGAGGCUGUCGUCCUGAUGGGCAAGAACACCAUGGUUCGCCGUGCUCUGAAGGGCUUCAUCAACGACAACCCCGAGUACGAGCGUCUUCUGCCUUUCGUCAAGGGCAACGUUGGUUUCAUCUUCACCAACAGCGACCUCAAGGCUGUCAAGGAGAAGAUCCUUGCCAACCGUGUCGCUGCCCCUGCUCGUGCUGGUGCCGUCGCCCCUGUCGACGUCUGGAUCCCUGCUGGUAACACUGGUAUGGAACCCGGUAAGACCUCUUUCUUCCAGGCUCUCGGUGUCCCCACCAAGAUUGCUCGUGGUACCAUUGAAAUUACCACCGACUUGAAGCUCGUUGAGGAGGGCGCCAAGGUCGGACCUUCCGAGGCCACCCUGCUCAACAUGCUCAACAUCUCCCCCUUCACCUAUGGUAUGGCCAUCGUUCAGGUCUACGACAACGGCCAGACCUUCCCCGUUAGCGUUCUCGACAUUGAGGAGUCCCAGCUUCUCGAGGCCUUCAGCAGCGCCAUCAACGCCAUCACUACCAUCUCUCUGGCUGCCAACUACCCCACCCUUCCUUCUGUUAUCCACUCCGUCCUUAACAGCUACAAGAAGGUUCUGGCUAUUGCCGUUGAGACCGAGUACAGCUGGCCUGAGAUUGAGGAGCUCAAGGACCGUAUCGCCAACCCUGACGCCUACGCUUCUGCUGCUCCUGCUGCCGCUGCUGCCGCCGGUGGUGCUGCUGAGGCUGCUCCUGCUGCUGCUCCUGAGGAGCCUGAGGAGGAGUCUGAUGACGACAUGGGCUUCGGUCUCUUCGACUAAACAUCUUGUGUUGUUGCACAGGAUACGACUGCCAUGUAUUAGAUAUUUUUUACUAACCAAUCACAACGGUUGGGGGUAAAAUCAAAAUGGAUAUCAUCGUGAAUUGAGUUUGGCUUUCGGAUUUCCAGUAGGAUAUGAACGUAGAAACGUUUCAUAUUCUUUCUGACUUACCAAGGUAUGCGUUUUUCUUCUUUCGUUUCCUUUUUUGUUUAGCCCCCAUUAUCCUGGCCCCGGCGAAUGAUGAUAUUUUUUAACUCGGAAACACCUUUGCGGUGUCGCUGAAGAUUAAAAACAGCAACAACAACACUCUAAUUUUUUACUGACGCCUCACUACUCAUCUGCUUUUUUCUUCACUCAAUCUGUUCUCUUUGCAACUGCUAACAGGUUUCAGGUG